AUGGGGCUUGUAAUUCGUUCCGGCUUUGAAUACUACUAUUAUUACCCGUCUCUAGCAGCGGCGGUGAUAUUCAUCAUCUGUUUCGUGCUAACCACGCUCUUGCACACGUUCCAGCUCAUCCGGACGAAAACAUGGUUCUUCAUACCGUUUCUCAUUGGGGGAUACUUUGAGUUUGUAGGCUACUGCGCCCGUGCCGUCUCUUGCAACCAAUCACCCAAUUGGACACUGGGCCCUUUUCUGAUCAACUCACUGCUACCUCUGGUUGCGCCUGCUCUCUUUGCGGCUAGCAUAUAUAUGGAAUUGGGGAGGUUGAUCGUUGUUCUCCAUGCUCAGAAUCUCAGUCUCAUUCGAGUGAAAUGGUUAACCAAGAUCUUCGUCGCCGGUGACGUUCUAUCAUUUCUUCUUCAAGCCGGAGGAGCUGGUCUCAUGGGUACUCACUCUCAAAGCGGUGCUCAAAACGGCUCGCAUAUCAUUGUUGUCGGUCUCGUGGUCCAGAUUGUUUUCUUCGGUUUUUUCAUCAUCACCACCGCAAUUUUCCACCGUCGCAUGCUACAAAGUCCGACGCCGUACUCCCUUGAGAUAAACUGGAAGAAGCUUAUCUGGGUGUUGUACUCAGCUAGCGUGCUCAUCCUUGUGCGGUCGAUUUACCGUCUCAUCGAGUAUAUCGAAGGGUUCGGAGGAUAUUUGCUUUCUCAUGAGGCGUAUCUUUAUGUAUUUGACGCUUUGCUUAUGUUUGCGGUCAUGCUGAUAUUCCAUGUCGUCCACCCGAGCGAGCUUAAUGCUUGGUUGAAGUCAGGCGGACUAGUUAGCAAAGGGUUUCGCUUUGAAAGGCUGAACGGGAACGCGAUACCCAUCAGCUGA